AUGUUGGAUAAGCGACUCAUUUUGGAUCAGUUGAAAUGCAAUGGAAUUCUGGAAGGUCUCAGAAUCAGCAGACUUGGGUAUCCAUCGAGACUCACAUUUACAGAAGUGUGUAACAGGUACAACUACAUCGUAGAUGAGACUGAAAAGGUGCCAAAGGAGGAGAUGUGUCACAGGAUACUCGCUCAAUUCGUGAAGAAGGGGUUUCUGGACCAAAAUGACUACAAAACGGGUAAAAGCAGAAUAUUCUUCAAACAGGGCAUUUUGGGUGAUUUGGAAGAAAAGAGACUUCUCUAUUUGACGAGACUGGCCGAGGCAGCCCAGGGCGUAUUCAGGUAUCGGAUUGAACUGCGCAAGAAGAACUACGAAAUGAUCUACAACGACAGCAUCCAGGUGAUAUGCAAGAAUGUGAGUGGAUACGUGGCAUUGAACAGGACACUUUGGUGGAAAUUGUACAAGAAGGUGAAGCCACUGAUUGAAAUGGGAAAUCAGCAGCUCAAGGUGGAUGAAUUCAACAAGAAAAUAGGCAUUUUGAAGGAGCAGAUUGAGAAGUUGACUGAUGAAAAGAAGUAUAAAGAUAGCAAUAUUGAGACACUUAAAAACAGAAUAGUGGAAUUGAGUAACGAGGUAGAAAGCACUCAAACUGAAUACGCCUACAAACUGAACACGGCUGAGGAGUUGAAUCAGGGUCUAAGGAAAUUAGUCACUGAAAAUGUGGAGAAAUUCAAGAGUGUUCAAAAUGACCUAAUCAAUGCAGAAAGUGAGAAAGGUGCCAUGUCAACCAACAUCACCAAUUUGAAUGAGGAGAUUGUGAAGCAGAAGAAGGAGAUGGGCAUGCAGCAGAGCAAAAUGGAUCAGUUGGAGAAGAGCAUCAAAAUCAAUGAGCAGAAUUUGGCAACAAAACAGGCUGAAAACAGCGACCNAAGCACUCAAACUGAAUACGCCUACAAACUGAACACGGCUGAGGAGUUGAAUCAGGGUCUAAGGAAAUUAGUCACUGAAAAUGUGGAGAAAUUCAAGAGUGUUCAAAAUGACCUAAUCAAUGCAGAAAGUGAGAAAGGUGCCAUGUCAACCAACAUCACCAAUUUGAAUGAGGAGAUUGUGAAGCAGAAGAAGGAGAUGGGCAUGCAGCAGAGCAAAAUGGAUCAGUUGGAGAAGAGCAUCAAAAUCAAUGAGCAGAAUUUGGCAACAAAACAGGCUGAAAACAGCGACCUGAAAAAGCAGCUUGAAAGUGAGCGACUGAUUCAGGCCCAGUCUGGCGAGAGCUCCAAAAAGGAAUUCAACAGGAUGAUCACAGCAAAGGAAACAGAAAUAUCAGAAAUGAAAAACAGUCUCAAAUUGGCAGAGGAGAACAAUCAGGCCAUGGCAAAAGAGGUGGAUUCAUUGAAAAAUAGCACUGUUUCAAUUGAGGAGGAAAAUGAGAAGGUGAAAUCAGAAAUCCAAGACAAAAUUGACCAAAUUGCCCAAAUGACAAACAGCCUGGAAAAGAGCACCAAAGAGAACAAGGAGCUGAGAAACCAAUUUGCCCUUGAAACUGAACAGUCGUCAAAAAUAGUUACCAGACUGAGAAUCGAACUCAGGGAGAGUGGGAAGCUGGUAGAGGAGUUGCAGUCCCAGGGUAACAAGGCCAAGAACACCGAAUACGAGUUGUUGAGUCGACUUGAGGAG